AUGGAGAUGGAGAUGGGGGAGAUGGAGGUGGGGGAGAUGGAGGUGGGGGGGCCCCCGGCCCCCUCCAAGGCCACCUCCACCUGCAGCAGCGACACCUGCAUCCCGACCCCCAGCUGCAGGAUCUGCUUCCAGGGCGCAGAGCAGGGCGACCUGCUGAACCCGUGCCGCUGCGACGGCUCGGUGCGCUACACCCACCAGCAGUGUCUGCUGAAGUGGAUCAGCGAGCGCGGCUGCUGGACCUGCGAGCUCUGCUGCUACCGCUUCCAGGUCAUCGCCAUCGACAUGAAGAGGCCGUGGCAGUGGCAGUCCAUCACCAUCACGCUGGUGGAGAAGGUGCAGAUCAUCGCCGUGUUCCUGGGCUCUCUGUUCCUGGUGGCCAGCAUCUCCUGGCUGCUGUGGUCGGCCCUCAGCCCCCAGGCCGUGUGGCAGCGCCGCGACGUGCUCUUCCAGAUCUGCUACGGCAUGUACGGCUUCAUGGACCUGGUCUGCAUAGGGCUGAUUGUCCACGAAGGAGCAGCCGUCUACAACGUGUUCAUGCGCUGGCGGGCCGUGAACCUCCACUGGGACGUCCAGAGUUACAACAAGACCAAGGACAUGGAGGAGGCCGGCGGCGGGCCCUCGGCCCUGAGCCCCAGGACGCUCUGGUUGCCCCUGGUCACCUUCGGGCCCAGCGGGCCCCUGCACCCCACCCAGCUGGGCUCACGGCCCUGGACCUGCCUCUGUUUGGCACCUUUCUGCCCGGGCCUGGUGUCCCGCAGCAGCCUCGGCCAGGACGCCGACUCGGGGGAGGUCGUGAUCCGAGUCACGUCCGUGUGAUGUUCCUACGCACGAACCAAACACUUGAUGCAUUGGACUGGAAGGUGUAUGCAGUAAAUCCUUUUUUUUUUCAGCUUUUCUGGUUGCCAAAUGUUUCCCAAAUCAGUUUUGUUUCUUCUUCCUGGGGGCCGGCCCUCAAACCAAUCUGUGCAAUUUAGGUCUUUCGCUGCCUGUGUGUGCUAUACCGGGAUAACCUUUCCUCCUCCUUAUCCCCGACCGUCCGGGACCACCGGAUGUGACGGGGUCUAAUGCCACGUUUACACGUAGCCGGGUAUUUACAAAAACAGAUAUUUCCCCCUCUACGUUUUGAAAAAUUCCAUAAUUUACACGAGAUUGUUUUCAAAAUCUCUUCAUUUACACGAACCCGCAUAAAUACGCUGUUAAGGUGCUAUGAACAGCCAAACCUGCAGGGGGCAGUGUAACGAGAAGCAUAAAGUCAUGCUAGCCAAUCAGAAUCCUGGAAAAAAACAUGAACAAAUGACGUGAGUAACUUCCAGUUACUUCCAAGAUGGAACGAGAGUCUUUCAUUUGGAUUGACAGAGAAGUGGUUACUUUUAAGUGUAACAGGUAAAAUACAAG